CCUACCUAAAAAUCCCUUAAUUUUUUUUGUUUUUCUCAUUAUUUAAAAAAAAAUAUUUUAUAUAUUUUUAAGCCAGUAAAUACAAUCUUAAAUUAAAAAAAAAAUGUAGUCACGGUGAAUCGUGUAGUGUUACGAAUAUUUUUAAAAAUCACCCAUGGUGGCCAAAUAAACAAACUUGUGUAUCUUUUACAUCUAUUUGUAGAAAACAAUUAUUUCCAACGAACGUAAAAAUUGGAAAAAUUCAAUCAUGUGGAAGGAACUGAUCUUCUGUUUAAUUGUGACAGCAAUUUUCGUAUUGGUGCUUCUCAUCUUGUAUAUAGAUUACAUGCAAGGUGACAAAGUAACUAAGUCCCGAUGGUCUAGACUACAGAAGUUAUGGGACGAAGGUGCGUUUAAAAAUGAACCAUUGAAAGUGUCCAAGGAUGUUAUAUAUGCUAUGAUACAAAGGGGAAUUUACUCGUUAAAUUCCAACGUUGAGUCAGAGGAGAAUUUUGGUGAGGUGCUCUUGUGGACACGUGAGAUGCUUGAAAAGUCGUCAUCCAAACUAGAGCAAAAUCACGAGAAUGUUGGGAAGUUUAAGAAAAUGGUGAACGAUUUUGUUGAAAAGGUGGAGAAAAGUAUUGAAGAAUAUGAGGAUAAUCUAUGCAAAUUGAAUAACGAGUUGGAACUGAUUACUGAGACGCAUCAAUUCAUAAAAAAGGAGAUACAAAAACAAUUGUGCCAGGCAAAGCAGCAAAUCGCAACCGCAGCAAGCGACAACUGCAACCGCUCCUGGGUACCGCCAGUGCCAUCCAUUCGAUGCCCAAUAAUUGCAGACGCCCAAGCUGAGGAUGAUUUCCUGACCAUAUUAGAUCAAUUUGAGGAGGCAAGAGGAAUUCCAUAAUAAUCAUUUCUAAGACUAACAGCAAAUAGAACUGCAGGAAAAUUACAUAUAAGUGACACAAAAAUAUUUAACUUUCGUAUUAUGUGUAGCUUUAAAUCAAAAAUAUGGAUGUACAAUUACUUCAUGCUUAUACUCUACUCUCGAGAAUAAUGAUAAAAAUGAAUCAACCUUAUUUUAUUUUUAAUUAAUUAUUAUCUAUGAUUAUAUUAUAUUCUAAACUUAACGUUAAAUAGAUAG